GAGUGUCUUGCCGUUCAUUGGUUGUCAAUAUGUUUUACGUAUUGUAAACCAAAACCUUUGCCAUUCACAAAUUCUGCUUGAUUGCAAUUCCAGUGAUCAUACUGUACUCGUCUACAACUGCAAACUUAUUUUUACAAAGGGGUACUGGGGUUAUUUCACUUCACAGUAAUACAAAUUGUUCUGUGGAAAUACAAAACAGAGUUGAAGGCUCGAGGAGAAAGCACACCUUGCAGGAGACAGGAGACAGACCCUGCCAGCAGCAGUGACAUUCCUGCCACCGCAUUCGCAAGGGGAGAAUACUUGAUUUUGGCCUCGUUCAGGAUGGCCACUGCAGGGAUUCCCGAAGAAGUGCUGAGAAAUGAACAAUUAAUCCAGAAACUCGAGGAGAUUGCAAAAGAUGCUGCUCUCAUGAGUGGAAUCUUAAUGCGGACGAAAGAAACACCCAAUGGCUCGGAGGUGGUAGGCUUCGCUCCAUUCACACUUUUCCCCUCACCGGUGCCCAAAGCUCUAUUCCAGCAGGCCCUGGCUGUGCAGGUGCAUUUCAACCUCUUAGUGGACAAGAUCAGCCAGAACCCUGACUUCCUGGAGGAGGCUCUCUCAAGUACAAUCAAAGUGGAUGAAUUUACUGCAAAGCUAUUCAACAUACACAGACAGGUUCUUCAGGAGGGCCACGCUCAGUCAAUUGUCGUUGGUCUUAACCGGUCAGACUACAUGCUAGACCAAGAUGAAGAUGGUGGGACAUCUCUGAAACAGAUAGAGAUCAACACUAUUGCUGCCAGCUUUGGUGGUCUCUCUUCACAGACACCAGAUGUCCAUCGACACAUCCUGAAGGUUGCAAAUCGAUUAGAGGAACGAAAGAAGAUCCUUGACAACAACCCCGCAGCUGGACUAGCAAAGGGGUUAGCCAAGGCCUGGGAACUUUAUGGAUCAGAAAAGGCCGUUGUCAUGUUUUUGGUGGAAAAUGUCCAGAGGAAUAUCUUUGAUCAUCGCUAUGUAGAGAAUGAGCUUUGGAGCAGAAAUAUCCCUGUCAUCCGACGACAAUUUGAGGAUGUCUUCAAAACUGGCUCUUUGGAUCAGAACAAGAGGCUAUUUGUUGAUGGACAAGAAGUUGCAGUUGUGUACUUCCGCAAUGGAUACAUGCCGCAGAACUACACUAGUACACAGAGCUGGGAGGUGCGUCUGAUGAUGGAGAGGUCGCUGGCGGUGAAGUGUCCUGACAUCAGCACCCAUCUGGCAGGCACCAAGAAGGUGCAGCAGGAGCUGGCCAGGCCUGGUAUUCUGGAGCGCUUCCUCCCAGACCAGCCAGAGGUGGUAGCCCAGAUCAGGGCCACCUUUACCGGGCUCUACACUCUUGACAUGGGUGCGGAAGGAGACGAGACUGUUGCCAUGGCUUUGGCCAAGCCUGACCAUUAUGUCCUGAAACCCCAAAGAGAAGGAGGAGGGAACAACAUCUAUGGCCGAGAAAUUUGUGAAGUGCUGGAGGGCAUGACAGACAGCUCUGAGAGGACUGCCUACAUCCUGAUGGACAAGAUAAGACCCUGCCCCGUCCAUAAUUACCUGCUCAGACCGGGCGCGCCCCUCAAACUCAGCACAUGCUUGAGUGAACUGGGCGUCUUUGGGGCUUAUGUCAGACAGGGGAAGGAGAUGGUGAUGAACGAGUGCGUGGGUCACCUGCUGCGGACCAAGAGCUCUGAGCACGCUGAUGGGGGGGUGGCUGCUGGGGUGGCAGUGCUGGACAAUCCCCUGCUAGUCUGAGAGCGCCCUCUGCUGGGGGUUGUGAGGGUGGGGGGAGGGGUGGUGUGUCGGUGAAUAUGCAGAUAAAUCUGUUAGUUGCCAGAAGUGCCCUUAGAUUUGGAAGUACUGUAGGUAAUUCAGAAGUGUCCCUGGUCUCUCUUUUUAUAAUUGAUAUGCAGUUAAAAGUAGGCUACAUCAUAUUUCCAGUGGUCAUAGGCAAUUAUCUGUUUUUGUGGAAAAUAGACCAAACAUACCUGGUAAUCACCAUAAAAGGAAAAUACCCCUAUUUAUUUUGCUUUUUAACAUGACAAGCAUAUUGUAAAUGGCAGUUUAGGUUCUGACUGAAAAGAACAUAGUCUAAUAACUGAAGGGACUAACAAGGAAAACAUUAAUGAGAAUAUUAUAUAUCUGUGUCAGGCUGUAUACAUGCUGACAUUUAUUUUUAAAAUACUUUUAUUAAACCAUUUUACUGUC